AGGCUCUAUCAUUUGACGUAUGAGUUAACAUCUAGAACAAACAACGUGUACAAUACGUGUUUUGUGAAAAAAUUACACUCUCGUAAUGAGUACCGCAGAGAAUUCCGUAAUAAAAAUCAAUAAGUGGGAUGGUUCGGCUGUGAAGAAUGCUUUGGACGAUGCAGUCAAAGAUGUACUUACAAAGAAAUAUAAUUACAUAGAAAAUUUUGCUCUUCUCGAUGGAAGAUUGGGACUCUGUGGGAUCAGUGUUACAAUAGCUAUUAUAGCAUUGUUGUGCGAUUAUCUAUAUCCAUUCCCUGCUUCUAAGCCUGUUUUAGUAGCCUGUGUUUCUCUGUAUUUCAUCUUGAUGGGAUUUUUGACAUUGUAUACAACAUACAAAGAAAAAGGCAUAUUUGUGGUUGCAAUUCAAAGAGAUCCAUCAGGCUUCAACCCAGAUUUUAUUUGGGAGGCAAGUUCCUAUUUGAAAAAAUAUGAUGACAAAUACAAUUUGGUGUUGUCGGUCAGGAGUGCUUCAUCGGGCAAUAUUAAUGAGACAACAGUAACUAAAUCUGUUGCAAAUUUCAUCGAUGUUAAUGGUGUGGUGAUUCCAGAAUUGAUUGAAACCAUUGUGACGAAUAUGCAUGACAGUCUAACAUCACAACGCAAGGAAAAGUAGCAGUGUUCAGAUAUUUGAACAAUGAAGUUUCUUUCUUUUCUAAAUAUAAAUAAAUUUGAUAUGUAUUACAGUUUUUCGUCCAUCUUCUGAAAUAUGCAGUCCAUACUUUCACAUUUCCAAUCUGAUAUAAUGUUGUAAAUAACACAUAAUAAGAAUCCAAACAUUUAUUCCUUCAUAUAUGAUGUGUGAAUGUUACAAUUAUUAUAUAUUCAUUAUCUAAAAGGAAGAAAAUAAACAUUAAAAGCAUUUUCUAGGCAAACAAGUUUA